CCGGAAAUAAGGUAAAAACAUCAACAACUUUACUUUUAAUAGCAGCAAUUUGCACAUCUCAUUUAACUUGUCAAUGCCCGGAGACGUUAUUCAUUUAAAUGUCGGCGGAACCAGAUUCUCUACAUCUCGCCAGACUUUGACAUGGAUACAAGACUCAUUUUUUACCAGUCUGUUAAGUGGAAGGAUUCUAUCACUGAAAGAUGAGACUGGCGCUAUAUUUAUUGACAGAGAUCCAAAGCUGUUUUCAGUCAUUUUAAACUUUCUUCGAAGUAAAGAUGUUGAUUUAAGUGGUAUAAGUUUAUCUGCAUUAAAGCAUGAAGCUGAGUAUUUUGGAAUAACACCUUUAGUCAGAAGAUUAGUUCUCUGUGAAGAUUUGGAGCAUUCAUCAUGUGGAGAUGUAUUAUAUCAUGGGUCCUUAGGUCCUCCAUGCCCACCUUUGCCAGAGAUUUUAGAGAAGAAACCAGUCAGCCAAUCAACAAGUAAUAUAACCAGGUCUCCACAACAUACUACACAAGCUCAUGCAAGGAGCCAGUCCAUGCAUGUAAACCCAGCUCCCCCCAGACAAGAUGCUGCUGCCAGAGUUACAUCAUGUUUCGGAUGUGUAGAAUCAAGAACCUCAUUUCGUAAUGUACAAGUAGACAAACACAGGUCUGAUGUUUUAGGAUAUUUGAAUCCACUGAAAGUGACCAUGGUACAAGGCCAUCAUAAUUGGAUUUGUAUAUCUUAUCCACAUUUUGUUUGUUGUUUCAGAAUGAAGGAUUCAACAGGGUGGCAUCAUAUAUGGAGUAGUCCUUACAUGGAGAAUGCCGUGGAUAGAGUGGCAUUAAAUGCUAAGGUUGUGGCACAAAAUCAAGAAAAUACAAAUAAAAUGGUGGCAGCUUCAAUGGGAAGUUUUGUUCAACUGUGGUUAAUCAUGGAUGACGGCAGUAGUAGAGAAAUAGGAAUGUUUGAUUUGAGUGUAUCAGUAGACUCUUUGUUCUUUAUUGGAAGUCAGCUUGUGGCAUUGAGUCAGUUUGGUAAAAUAGGGGUGUGGCAUUCCAUGACUCAGCAUUGGCAGAUACAAGAUGUGAUACCCAUCACCAGUUAUGAUACAGCAGGCUCUUUCCUUCUGUUAGGUUGUCAGAAUGGAUCUAUCUAUUAUAUUGACAUGCAGAAAUUUCCCUUGAGAAUGAAAGAUAAUGAUUUACUAGUAACAGAGUUAUACAAAGAUCCAUCAGAAGACAUGGUUACAGCUCUCAGUGUUUACCUUACACCUAAAACAAGUUUGAGUGGUAACUGGAUAGAGAUAGCCUAUGGUACCAGUUCAGGGACUGUUAGAGUUAUAGUCCAACAUCCAGAGACUGUAGGACAUGGACCCCAGUUGUUCCAGACAUUUACAGUACAUAGAAGUCCAGUCACUAAAGUCAUGUUGUCAGAAAAACACCUAGUAUCAGUAUGUAGUGAAUACAACCAUGUGAGAACUUGGAGUGUCACCAGAUUUAGAGGGAUGAUAUCUACACAGCCUGGAUCAACACCAUUAGCCUCCUUUAAGAUCGUCUCAUUAGAUGAAGUAGAGGAACAAGCUAGCUGUUCUACAGGAAAUGAUUUUGGACCUUACGGGGAACAAGAUGACCAACAAGUGUUUAUACAGAAAACUGUUCCAGAAACUGAUAAAUUGUUCAUUAGACUAUCUUCUAAUGGUCAGAGAGUGUGUGUGAUAUCCUCUGUAGAUAAUAGCAGUAUAGCAGCCUUUUGUGUACAUGAGUGUGAAGGCUCUAACAGAAUGGGUUCUAGACCAAGAAGAUAUAUUUUUACUGGCCAUACAAAUGGUACAAUACAGAUGUGGGAUCUGACAACAGCUUUAGAGAUGAUGAAUAAAUCUGAUGGUGAACCAAGGAAAGGAGGGCCUACACCAGAGGAGCUUAUGAAACUUCUGGACCAAUGUGAUCUGACUUCCAGAAAUACCACACCUAGUAUCAGCCCAGCACCCUCAGUGCUACAGGUUCCUAUGGGACCUACAGUCAGUUACCAAAGUUCAAGGCCAAAUUCUAUAGCCAUGGACAGUGAUGCUGGAGAGGAGGAUGGGAAUUAUUAUCCAGAUACAAUUGUUACUAAGAUAUAAACAUGUGACAGUCAUGUGACUGAGGAUUAGAUAAUACAAUUGUUCAAGGAUAAAAAAAUGUGAUAGACUUUUAACUUUUGAAUGCAAUGUUUUUGCGCCUUGUGACUUUCAAGUUUUAACCAGAAUUUUUUUUCUUGUAGCUUUAAAUACAAUUAGCUUAAUUCAUUUUUGGAAUGUAUGAUGAACCCUUUUACAUGUUUUAAAAAAGGUCAAUUAAACUUAACUUAAUAAUAUGAUUUUAGGUCAAUGGAUUAUUCCUUGAUGACAUUAUAAGUUGAACUUUGAACAGAGAGAUAAGACUAAAUAUAUGUAAGAAUGUGAUAUUUUUUAAUGAUUUUCUUUUUUGCUAUUUCAAUGUGACAGAUUAUUUCCAAUUUCAAAUUUUUUAAUUCGUGAAUUCAGAAAUUUCUGCAUGCAUUUAUGAAUUUCAUUGUUGGGAAAUGGAAAACAUGUAACUUUUUACUAAUGCAAAAUUUCUUCUUCACGAAUUUGGCCCCCUUAAAAAGUUGAAAAUUCUGAUUAUGAGGGCUUUUUAUGGUACUGUCUCCAAGCAUUAGAGGUGAAAAGAUGAAUGAAGGGUGAAGGGGUUAUAGAAAAAAUCAGAAAGGAAAAAGUUUUCUUGUCUGGCCCCUCAUAGUUUGCUAUCUUGUUUUUUAGCUCACUUGGCUUAAAGUUAGCUUUCUCAUCACUUUGUGUCCGUCGUCUGUUAACUUUUUCAAAAAUCUUCUCCUCUGAAACUACUGGGCCAAAUUAAAUCAAACUUAGCCACCAUCAUUAUUAGGGUAUAUAAGGUGACCCAACAACAACAUGUUGUUGGGUUGCUGCCCCUGAAUUGGUAAUUUUAAUACCUCCUAUUGUAUUGCGUUUGGCUAUUAGAUUUAAUUGAAUUUGGAGGGUAGGGAGGAAAUUUUGACCAUUUAUCAUUGGUCAUUUAUGAUUGAAUGUCCGUUGGAUGAUGACAAAUUUUUGAAAUAAUACAAGAAGAAAGUAUUAUGGUUGUGUUGGGAUUUUUAAAUCAAUUUUCAUAUCAAUUUUUAAAUAGAAUGGCCCUCAAAGAAUUGAUGUAAAUAUUGAUUUAUUUUUAAAGCUUUAUAAUUGAAUUACGUUAUUGUUUAUAGAAAAUUGAUCUGUGAUAAAUGUAUUUGUUAAUGAGUGCAACAUUUUUUUUUAUCUGACAAUUCAAGUUCCUUUGGUACUAUUUAUAACUCACUGAAAUUUAGGACCAUCAGUUUCAAAACCUUCGUUAUAUUUUCAAGGAACUAUAUUUGUAAGUCUUAAAAUUUAAAUAUUAAAAUGUUUACAAAAUAUUGGGUUCAAGAUUACAGGGUGGAGGACCAAGACACAUAAGGGAGAUAACUCUUUAAUCAUUACAUUGUGUUUAAAGCAUUUAGGUGAAGAAGAAUGUAAUCUAUGUUACAGAGAAGCUUAAGACUAUAGACAUUAGUAGGGUUGUUCCAAACGUACCAGUGAUUGAAAGAGUUAUGUUCCUUACCCUAGUCUGCCUUCUUAAUAGAAUUGUGUAACCAAAUUCUGCUUGAUUUAAAUAUUAUAUUAAUAUUUGAUUAUUUUCAUCCAUGCAUAUUAAUUUAUUAAAUUGAGAGAUAGUGCAAUAAAAAAUUGAUUUAUAAA